AUGAAGUUCACGACACGCCGUGUGAGCACAGGCACGGGGUUCGCCAUCUCGCGGCCUCAACUUCAAACGACAUUCCCACCACCGCCAGUUCCUGCGCCAUCGCGGACGUCUCGUCGUCCUCAAGAUCGGGCUCUGCACCAACUCCACGAGUUCCGCACCAUUGGCCUCCCGAUGCUCCUCGUGCUGGUCUUCACCACGCUCAUCCUGAACGCCAUCUACGCGUACUGCGUCGCCAAACCGCACACCGACAUCGCCGAACGACUUUCCAAGGACGCCACGGCCGAAGCCAACGGGUCAAUCUUCAGGCGCAGCGGCAGUCUGCGUGUUUUCUCCGACGCUCAUCUUCUCGCCACGAGAGACAAUGCUGCCGCUUCGACUGGCACCAGUAGCACUUCAGAAGUGGCGCUUCUCUUCUACACCCUGUUCACACCGUGCAUGUCGCUGGUGCACCUCUGCUUCGAGCUCACCGCGCACCACGCGACACCGCGACAUCUGCGUUCCAAAGCGGCGUUUCUGGUCUUGACGCCGUCCGCCGCACUCUUCGUCGCCGGGUGGGUCACGACGCUCUCGUUCUGGAUGCACUGCGAACUCCCCUCGCUCAACUCCAACCCGGCCGGCCAGGCCGUCUGUCCGGCCCAGGUGCGAGGACACUUCAUGUACGGCAUCCACGAAGUCAGCAUCGCCAAGAUCGCCGUGGGAUGGGUCGUCAGCCUUGCUUACGCCCUGCACGUGCUCGUCCUGGCGCGCGCCUGGCGGAUCGGUGGAAGUGGAAGCGGUAGCGGGAGUGGGAACGAGGCUCUCGAGCACGGCGAGACGGCCACCCACGCCACGGAGAUCGCGGUUGGGCUUGAUAUGAAGCCUCGGGCGCAAUACCAGAUAUAG